AUCCCGGCAGGCGUGAAAAUCAGCAGUUUCCUCCGCGAAAAACCGGCCGAGAUUGCGCCAAUGUCCACUGGUUCUAUCCGACACCAUCAACGGUUGUAGGCAACACUAGGUAUCGGAAUGAGCCAUCGAUCAGCUGAUCGUUCGGCAUCUUACAGAUCGAGACACCGUUCACGAUCGCGUAGCCCUCCGCCUAAAGCCACUGCCAGCCACGCCGAACGACCAGCACAAGAAGAACCAACGAAUCUGAUCAACUUCUCUUUUCUCAAUCAUCGACAUGAGUUGAACCGAGUCUUGCGAGGUUACUCGGCACGUGACCAGCUCGUAGACGAUGUGAACGAUUUCUGGCUGUUCCUGAACAAAUAUGAAGCAUUACUGAAACGCGCCGGUCAGCCGGUGUUACCAGAUCCCUUCCUUCCUUCCGGGAACGUAUCGUACGACGGUCAAAUACCGAGCGAGUACAACAAAGCCCUAGGAUGUUCCGUUCGAUUGCGGGUCCCUAUAGAGGAACUCCAGGGCCGACUUGGAGCAAGCUCAGCCACCAGCCCGAUAACGCGCACCAGGCUGCUCCAAUGGCUACAAAUCGUCGGUCACUAUUUGGACUUUCGACAGCGGGAGAAGUUUAACAAGCUUCGCAAACUACGCCAAACCCAGGCGAACCUUCCGGUAGCGAAGCAUCGGGAUGAAAUCAUCGAAGCGGUGCGAAACGAGCGUGUGGUCGUACUUGCGGGUGAUACCGGUUGCGGCAAAUCAACCCAAGUGCCCCAGUACCUGUACCGAGCCGGUUACGAGCGUAUUGCUUGCACGCAACCCAGACGGAUCGCCUGCAUCUCGCUGUCGAAGCGUGUGGCCCAUGAACUGCUGGCGGAAUAUCGGACCGAGGUGGGCUAUCAGAUACGGUUCGAACGAAGCAAAAGCACCCACACCAAGAUCGUGUUCAUCACGGAGGGUCUCCUGCUUCGUCAGCUGGCCAGCGAGGACUGCCUAGAGCAGUACUCGGUUAUCAUUCUCGACGAGGUGCACGAAAGGCACCUACACGGUGACUUCCUGCUCGGUAUCGCCAAGUGUUUGAUACGGGCACGGCCUAACUUAAAGCUGGUGCUUAUGUCGGCCACUAUUAACAUUAAACUGUUUGCCGAUUACUUCUCGGAGGAGGAGGCACGAAUCAUCGAGGUACCGGGUAGGCUGUACCCGAUCAAGCUGCACUACAUGCCCCGGCUUCAGGACGCACCGUUAGUGUCGGGGGAAGGAUCGCGAUCGCGCUCGUCCAAAUCCGAUCGUCUCAAUCCAGAACCGUACAUACAGAUUCUACAGCUGAUCGAUCAGAAGUAUCCACCGACCGAAAAGGGUGAUCUGCUGAUCUUUCUGAGCGGACUCACGGAAAUCACUUCCAUCUGCGAUGCGGCCCGCGAGUACAAUGAAAAGACAAAGAACUGGAUCAUCCUGCCACUGCACAGUACGCUUUCGAUAGCCGAACAGGAUAAGGUGUUCGAUUACGCACCGGAUGGUAUGCGCAAGUGUAUCGUGUCGACGAACAUUGCCGAAACAUCGGUCACGAUCGAUGGCAUACGGUUUGUGGUGGACAGUGGUAAGGUGAAGGAAAUGAGCUACGAUCCUACGACCAAGAUGCAGCGGCUCAAGGAGUUUUGGAUUUCGCGUGCAUCGGCCGAACAGCGCAAGGGACGGGCCGGGCGAACGGGUCCCGGUGUAUGCUAUCGGUUGUACGCGGAGAAGCAAUUCCACGACUUUGAACCGUACAGUACGGCCGAGAUACUGAAGGUACCACUGGAAUCGCUGUUGCUGCAGAUGAUCUCAAUGGGUCUACCGAAUGCACGGCUGUUCCCGUUCAUCGAACCACCACCGAUGGACAACAUCGAAAACGCCAUCGUUGGCCUGAAGGAAGCUGAGGCGUUAACGGAGGAUGAAAAGUUGACUCCGCUCGGGAAAGCACUGGCCAGAAUUCCGGUCGACAUUGGCAUCGGUAAAAUGCUGCUGAUGGGCUGUGUGUUCCAGCAACUACAGCCUGUGUUGACGCUGGCCGCCGCAUUGAGCGUUCAAUCGCCAUUCACUAACCGCGCCUACCGGGAUCCCGACUGUGAGCGCGCUCGCAAAUCUCUCGAAUCAGAUCACGGUGAUCCGAUAACGUUGCUGAACGCCUACAAGGAGUGGUUGGAGUUGAAGCAAAACCGUACCGAGUACAGCCAUCACCACCGGGACCGGGAUGAUGAUCGACGUGGUGAAAACUCGAAAACCUGGUGUCGUCGCCGGGGACUGGAGGAGCAACGGUUCUACGAGAUUACGAAACUGCGUAACCAGUUCCAGGAUCUGCUCCAAGACUGUGGUCUAAUGGAGGCGCAGAGCAGUGCCGAGCAUCUUUCUAGUGCGGAGCGAGCGAUCCGCAACGGGGAAUUGCGACAGUUGAAGGAGCUACGCAAAGCGCAUCGAAUGGAGGCACCGAGGAAGAGGAAACUUCUAAAAUCUGAUAUCUGGGGAGCCGGUGAGGAAGAUGGCGACGGAGCGGACGGUGACGGACGUGUCGACAUACGGGAUGUGGAGUUCCGGCUGAGCCACGACAAUUCAAAGAUUCAGAAUCUGCUCACUGGUGCGACGGCUUGUAGUUACCGUGAUCUAAUGACCCUGAAGUUGAUUCUUGUCAGUGGUCUCUAUCCGCAGGUGGCCAUUGCGGAUGAGUACAACUAUUGUAAGAGUUUGUCGGAACAAUUCUUUCACACCCGAGCGAAACCAUACGUUUCGCUGCAUCCGAUGAGCUUCUUCGGUAAUAAUGCCCAGAUACUGCAAUUGACCGAGACGGAAAUCGAGGAUAAACCGGUGCUUUACAAAUCACGCCAACCGCUCAGCGCACGCCACCAGCUCGUUUGCUAUCUGACGCUACUGGAAACGAACAAAUCCUACCUGACCAACACUCUGCGAAUGCCGGCCGCUCAAACGCUGCUCCUGUUCGCGCACACCAUCGAAACGAACAGCACCUUCUCCCAGAUCGUGUGCGAUGCGUGGCUGUGUUUGGAUUUCCCAUCCAUUCCCGAGAGUGGCCAGACGUUGCUGGUUAAGGCGACCAAGCUGAGGCGCCUGUGGAACCGUCUGCUAUCCGAGAAGCUUAAAGCACUGACCAUAACGGCUGAUGGAGAGCUGACGAAGGGAGAACGGCAGCAAUCGAUCGAACAAAUGAACCACGAGCUGUGGUCUAGUCUGGCACAGUUCAUGAACACGGAAGUAUGCUACACGAUCAAGAAGCUCCUGCCGGCGGAUCUGAAAGCCAUCUACAAAGGUCCACCGAUGGCAGACGAUGACGAGGAAGCGACAGUUGAGAUUCCUUCUCCAAACCCGUUUUCGGACGAUUUCCAACCACUCCCAAAUGCGGUUAAAGGCGGAAUUUAUCUUACCGAACAUAUUACCUACGGAUGCCUUGUCGAAACCGAUUGGAGCAUGCAGAUGUACGAAACAAUACUGGAACACGACUGGGAAUGUGCUCACUGUGGAGGUACCUAUCGCUUGACCGGUUUACAGAAACUGCAGCACAUGGAGACCUGCCAACCGACAACAGAACUUAAACCAGAGACGCUAGAUGAUGACGCUCUACCCUGUGAAGGGGCUAGUUCCUCGAAGAAGAAACUGAACGCUAGCCGGUACGAGUGUCCAUCUUGCGGCCGCCGGAUGAUGCUGAGUGCGAUCGAAGUGCUGAAGCAUAAGAAAAGUUGUCAAAAAAAAGCAGCGCCUGCGGAUGCGAAAGUAAAACGGGAACCAAAUGAAGAAAUGGUCGUUCCGUGAUGGCUGCCAUAAGGAGCGGCACUAGCAUUUCGAUUCUAUGUCUUCAAUAUAUAAGUAUAUCUAUAUUUAUAUAUAUCGAUACCUUUGGCUCUUACAGUGAUUCGAGAUUGAGUAUUGAAAUAUAACUUUUGGCAUCACCGGUUGUGGUUGUAUCUGUCCUAUUUUCUGCAGAAUAAAAAGUAAAGGAAAAUCCUAUCCAA